AGAAACAGCUGUUUCUUGUUUGGCCCGUGGCCGUACACAAAUGUAAUUGAAAAACAAAACCAAACAAAAGAAAAAAGUUCUAAAAAACGUGGAGUGAAUUACAAAAGUGUGGGUGGAGUGCGACUUUUCGUUCAGUCAUAUUUUGUUUUUCUUAGCAAGCUGACAGCAGAGACCCAAUAUACAGACAAAAUCUAAAACUCGGCUCACACCUGCCGCGCUCCCUGAUCAACCGUGGCCCAAAGGGGGCUUAGCCAAAUGACUAAAUGGCCGCCAACAAGAACUAAUCCUAUUUAGGCCAACACCUUUCUAAUUACAACAACAAUAGAACAAUGUGCUGCAGUCAAAGUUUGUGAAACGAAUUUGCAUUUCGCAACCCCAAUUCGGAAGAAGCAGAAAAUUGAGUAUAAAAAUAGCAUUAAAUGGAAUUAGGGGUUAAACUAAAAAAUAAUCAAGUCAAUUAUCAAUUGAAAUUCAGCAGUCGAUUGAAGUUGGAGUAGGCUGACUAAAAAAACUGACAAAUAAUUUUACUGGAGACGAGAAAACCCAAUUAAAGACGAACAGCUGCAGGUCUGCGUAGGUGAGUGAGACGCCAGCAGCAACGCCACCGACUGCCGCACACACACACACACACACACAUACCAUAAGAGCUCCCCAACAAUGGAAAUGCGCGAAGUAUUAAGCCGGGAGGGGCGAGAGGCAAAGAAUUUGCUAGUUUACCAGUUUUGUGAUGAGACAACAACAAAUUCAGCUGCAAGUGGAGGCGGCGGCGGCGUCGUCAAUAUGAACGGUGACUGUCGCAAGCCACCCAAAUCGCCCACAUCCAUGGCCUCUGCUGCUCGCAUCAAACAAUCAGCUGGUGGUAGUGUUAGCGGAAAUUCUGGCAGCGCCUCAAAUGGUGGACCACGUGUGCGUAGUGCCUCCACCGGCAGGGAUAAGAAAUCGGAACUACAGGCUCGUUACUGGGCCCUUCUGUUUGGCAAUUUGCAACGGGCAGUGAAUGAGAUUUAUCAAACGGUUGAGUGCUAUGAGAAUAUAUCCAGUUGCCAGGAGGCAAUCCUUGUGCUAGAGAAUUAUGUGAGAGAUUUCAAGGCUUUAAGCGAAUGGUUCAAGGUCUCCUGGGACUAUGAGUCACGACCAUUGCAACAGCGACCGCAGAGUCUGGCCUGGGAGGUGCGUAAAAGUAAUCCCACGCCCAGAGUGCGUACCAAAAGCCUUUGUAGUCCCAAUAAUUCGGGCAAAUCAAGCCCAGCUUUGUUUCUAAGUGGUUGCUGUCAUUCCGGUAAGACUUCACCCUGUUGUCCCGGAGCCUGUGCUGUUGAUGGUCAGUCCCAGUCGCCAAGAAAAAUGCUGCGUGCCUUUGAUCAAGUGCCAAAAGGUUCUAUGCGAGUUAAUGUAAGGGAAUUAUUUGCGGCUAACAAGAAAUCAGUACAGGAUGAACCAGUGGAUCUAAGUGCUGAGAAACCAUUUGUACAUAUGAUGAAUACCCAGUAUUCUCAAACAGAUCUAGAGGAUCCGCAUCUGACAUUGGCCGAUAUAAGAGAAAAAAUGCAAAGAGAGGCUGAGGAAAGAGAAGCCCAGGAAAAGGAAAUCCAAGAGAAAGUGGAGUUGGAGGAUCUACUGCCAGCAUCAGUGGAGCCGAAGGAGGAGGAACUUACAAUAGAUAAGCCAGCAGAGCCUACUGCCCUGGAAAUGACUGUAUCCACUUUGGAGGCCAUGGAAAAUGCUCUGCUUUCAGAACAAGCCAACAAAGAGCCCACUCCUCCGACUACAACGCUUAAGCCAGUUGAAGAAUUAACCAAGAAUCUUAAACCCUUGAAUCCCAUCAGUGCGAAUAUUGUGCAAAAUAGUCCUUUAAAAUAUUCCAGUGUUCUCAAUCGACCCCUAAAGAAAACCAUUAAUAAUCCAAGUGGCCCAACAUUGGCUAAGACUAUGCCAAAAACUGCCACACCCAACACUGCCAACAAAUUUUUGCCUGCUAAUGGAUUAAAGCGUAAUCCAGUGAAACCUGCCAUGGCGGCUAAGACAGGUCGGUCGAAUGCUAUACCAUCCCGACCUUCCAGCAAAACAGAGAGCUAUGGUCCGCCAACAAAUGUGGCCAGUCGUUUAUCUGCCCGCUCUCGCACCAUGCUAGAGAUGAAUGGGCAGCAGAAGCAGCAGUUACCAGCAACUAGCGCUAAGCCCAACGGAAUAAUCAAAAGAGCAUCAUCUACACUUCUGCCGAUUGCCACCAGGAAACAUGCAUCCAACUCGAAAUUGAAUUCACGCGAAGACAUAGCCAGCUCUACUUCCACUCUAAAAGCCAGCAAUGAGCAGCUCACAAAGAGUUCCCAUAGACAUGAGGAAAGACAUUCCGAACCCAAACAUCAGCAGGCAUCUGAUGCAAAUGAUGGUUGGUUGACGGUCAAGAAUCGUCGGCGCAGCAGUAUGCAUUGGUCAAAUAGAUUCAAUCAGCCAACGGGCUAUGCCAGUCUGCCAACUUUGGCCCUACUCAACGAGCAGCAGCAGCAGCAGCAACAACAACAGCAGCUGCAGCAUCAAAAUCAAAAGUCCGAUGAUGAGAACAACAAACAGAAAGCCAACAAAAUAUCUCCAUCAAGUGGUGCCAAGUCCAACAAUUCAACCAAGAUAUUGACUAGUAAGGCAACUAAAUCAUUAGCUAGACCAGAAAUCAAAAAUGCCAAGGCCAAAGUGAAUUCAUUUCCUGCCCAACGUCCAAGCGCUCAAGUCAAGAAACCAGAAAAGAAACCAUUAGCUUCAGCUUCAACGACGAUAGGGACUCCUGGUGUACCUUCAGUAGCUGCCACCAGUAGUAGUACUCGUAGCAGCAGCAAUAACAGUGCCACAACGGGACGCUCUACUAUUAUUAAACGUCAAAAAUCGGAUCUUACUGGCCUUAAAAUGACUUCUCUCCACAAGGAGUAUAUGCGGAGUGAGAAGAACGCUUUGAGAAAACAGCAACAAAAAAUGGAGCAAAAACAAAGCCAGAGUAGCUCUUCAUCUGCAGAAACUGUCGUCGACUGCAUUAAUGAUGAGCACAACAAAAUUGAUAUUAAAAUCCAAACUAAUUGUGAAUUCUCCAAGACAAUUGGCGAGCUCUAUGAGAGUAUUGCCCACUGCAAGUUACCAAAUGGAGUUUGCCUUAAGCCGCCAAAUGCUUCAUGCUUAUUAAGUGCCUGCGAUGAAAAUGAUGAACCAGAGAAUACCGAUGACAAUGAUGAGGAGCAUAAUGAGAGGAUUUUGGUGCAAGUGCAGGAAUCUUUAGAACGUCAAAUACGUGAACUGGAGCAAACGGAAAUUGAUGUCGAUACUGAGACGGAUGAGACAGAUGCCGAAGUCCAGCUGGAGGAGCCAGAAGAUUGUCUUAAUGAGGCUUUAGAUGAUACCUCCUCUGGUGUGUUUGUGACCAUGAGCGAUGAUGAUAAUAAUGCUAGUUUGGAGUCGCGAUAUCAAGCCCUUCUAUCUGAUAUGUCUUGGAAUGAACGAGCCGAGGCAUUGGCCACCCUUCAGGCCUAUGUGGCUCGUCAUCCUGGUCGUGCUCAGGAAUUGCAUCAAAAAUUAUCAUCACCUUCGCGUCGACGUUCGCUCCAGGAGACAUUAAAAAAGUAUCAAGCCAAACAGGCAAGAGCCCAACAAAAACGAGCCCUGCUCCAGCAGGAAAAGGCGGCCAAAUUGCAGCAGCUCUUCGCACGCGUAGAAGAUGUUAAGGCAGCCAAGAAACAACUUAUCGAAGAUAAACGCCUAAAGAUGCAGGGACGUCUUCAAAGAGCAGCCGAAAACCGUGAACAAUAUCUUAAGCAGAUCAUUGAAAAGGCUCAUGAUGAGGAGAAAAAAUUGAAGGAAAUCAACUUUAUUAAAAACAUUGAAGCACAAAAUAAACGCUUAGACUUACUAGAGUCCUCCAAGGAGACAGAGGGACGGCUGCAGGAGAUCGAACAGGAGCGCCAGAAACGUGUAGAGGAAAAAUUGGCCAAAGAGGCAGCUGUCGAGCGUCGUCGACAGGCAUUGGAAAAGGAGCGUAUUCUCAAACUAGAGAAAAUGAAUGAAACGCGUCUGGAGAAGGAACAACGCAUUGGCAAAAUGCAGGAACAAAAGGAACGUCAACGCCAGGCUUUGGCCAGGGAGAAGGCUCGUGAUCGUGAGGAGCGUCUGUUGGCUCUGCACAUGCAGAAACAGCAGACCACCGAGGAGCUUCAAAGAAAAAUUCUACACAAACAAAUGGAAUCGGCUCGCCGUCAUGAGGAAAACAUUGAACAGAUCAGACAAAGAGCUGUGGAACUGACCAUGCCAUCAUCAAGACAGCAGGAUGGCGAAAAUGGCGGACGUACUGAUCAGGAGAAUGACGAUGAUGAUAUAUUCAAUGGCAAUAGGAGUAGCACAACAAACGAAGAUGGUGAUGUAUCCUCCACAAUAUCAGAUGUGGUAGGAGGCAGUGGACAUUCGAGAAGCUAUAAGAAAAAAAUGAAGAAGCUAAAGCAGAGAAUGAACCAAUGUGCCGUGGAGUAUUUGGAGGGUCUGGAAGAACUGCCAGCUCACGUCAAACGUGAGAGUACAGUGCCCAAAUUUGUUAAUCUUGUGAUGAAAGGUGGUGGAGCUCAGGGUCUAGAUCGUGUCCUUGGCAAUCUUUUACGUGUCAUACCCAAAGCUCAGGCAUUUGAUUUUCAAGCUUUCCUCUCCAUGGAUGGUCUAGGUGUAUUGGCCACGCAUGUCAUUAGCAAAGGUCUAGAAGACAACUCUGAAAUAUCCAGAAAAUCUGUUACAUUGGCCGUACAAUUAUAUCGCAAUGCCUGCUCAGUGUGUCCUCAAAUAGCUCGUCAUGCUCUCUUGGGCAAUUCCAUAACCAUACUCUUUGAUGCCAUCAAUAAGAGCUUUCAGUUACCCGAAGAAAAAUCACCACAACAUCCGGUCGAGUUAUCCACCGAGCUAAUGCUGGCAUGCACCGAGGCGCUAUCAUCGAGCUAUGUGAAGAAAAACACCCACCCUAAAGUACCGGAACGCCUACCGGACAUGAUAAACUAUGCCGUGGUCACUGGUCUCAUAGAAAUCCUCUCCCGUCGUUGUAUGAAGGUCCGUGAAUCCAUUGAGCAGAAUCAAAGUGUCAUGUUGAGCCUAUUGACCACUUUAGGGUUCCUUUCCCGUUUCCUUGAUGUGUGCCAGCCAGGUCCUGCUGAUCCGACACGUUUGCUAAGUGCGGCCAAGUCAACUGAACUCUUUGGUACAGUGUCCAUGUUGUAUGGCUGCGUGGUGCCUCUAGGUGAUUGCAUUCCACCGCGCACGACCGCCUUGGCGGCAUCAACGUUUAAUCUUUACGUGUCGCUGGCCGCCAUCGAUGUGAACACUUUUCAGGAGGCCCUUUCGGUGGAAGCUCCCCAGUCGCUAAAGCUGCUCGAUGUGAUGUCCAUGAUCCUGAAUUGUAGUACGAAUCAACCGACAACGACAUUUAAUAGAACCAACGAGACGACUGGCAUGUUGAUCGAUUUAAUUGCCUCGCUGGCCUUUUACACCAUGAACAAUCGUCGGCAUCAGGAAUUAUUAAUAAGCGAACAAUAUGCAGUGAUUUUUAAGAUAAUGGCCAAAAUGCCAACACAAUUCAAUCCGGUUAUAUAUCCAUUUUUGGUAAUCAUGUGCUUUAACAAUCCAACAGCCAAGCAGCUAAUAUCCAAAGAUUUUGAUCUAGGGUUUCUCGAUGAGUAUAGCAAAUCGGAGGCAGCUAAACGUAAUCGUUUAAUACAAAUGAUGCAUACCAGACAAAAGGAUAAAGCCAACAAUAAUAGCAACAACAACAGCAGCAGCAAAGUAAAAAUCGAGCCCUAAGUGCGUGCUAAUUACUUUUACUUAAAUAUAUAUACUUAAAACUGGA